AUAUAAUUUUUUAGUGAUGUCAGAAGGCAAAAAGUCAAAAGGAUUAUUUGGAAAGGAUAUCAUGAAUCUUUUAAAAUUAAUGAGACCUGAGAAGAGAUUUUAUGUGCUAGGAAUUACAGUGGCUGGUUUAAAUAGUGCUUUAUUAUUGUAUUUACCUUAAGUGACUACUGAUAUUACAAAAUUAUAGGAAUUAAAAUAUGAUUAAGAAAACAAAGAAAAGAGUUAGUAGACUAAUAGAUAUUAUCAUUUAAAAUGGGGUGGAGUCUGUUUAUUAGGUAUGUUUUUAGGAGGAGCACGUAGAUAUUUGAAUACUUAAAUAAGUAAUAGAGUAGGAAUGAGAAUGAGAUAUGCUAUGUUUCAGAAAUUAAUGAGUACAAGAGAAAGUUAAUAAUUACAUUCCUAAUAAUUAGUUCAUAAAUUAUCAAAUGAUGUUAGUUUAGUAUCAGCUGGAUUAUCAUAAGAUAUAUUUGUAAUGAUUAGAGGAAUAGUAACAACUAUAGGAGGUGCAGCAUAUUUAUCUUAUUAUGCAUUUCCUUUAUUAGCAUCUGCAAGUGCUGCUGCAACUGUUAUGGGAGGAUUUGCUAUUUUAUUAGGAAAAUAUAUGUCAUUAUUUAAAGUUAAAGAAACAAAAGAAUUAGGAUCUUUAAGCGAAGUAUCAUAAGAGAUGUUAUAAGCACAUCGAUUAAUUAAAUUAUCUGAUAUGGAAUAAAAAGAAAAUUAAAGAUAUUCAGCAUAAUUAUUUAGAUGGUAUGAAUAAGCAACAUAAUUUUCAAAAAUGUAAGCAUUAAAUUUGGGAAUAAUGGAAGGUGGUGGUUUGUAUGCAUUGUUUUUAAUUCUAUUUUAAGGUUGUUAUUUAGUUGCAACUGGACAUUUAGAUCCAGAAUUAGCUAAAUAUUUUAUUUAAGCAGUAUAUAUGGCAUCAGGAACAAGAGCAAUGAUAUAAAUAUAUAAUGAAUUGGUUAAAACUGGUGCUAUUUAUAAAACUAUACUUGAUGUUCAUCCAAAUCUACAUGAAUCUGAAUUAUAUAAUUAAGCAGAUCUAACUAAAAAUUAUAGAGAAUACAUUAAAUUAGAUGAUAUAUUAAAAGCUAAAUUACUCAAUCCUCCUUAAAGUAGUGAACAUACAAAAGAAUGGCAGGAAUUAUAUGAACAUCCGACUACUCCACCUCCAACGAUUUCAUUUAAGAAUGUGUAAUAUUCAUACCCAAGUCAUUAAAACAAAACAUUAACAUUUAAUAUUUAAAUUAACUCAGGUGAAAUUGUUUUAUUAUAAGGACCAAGUGGAUCAGGUAAGACUACUGCUCUAAAUCUCUUAACCAAAUUAUUAGCACCAUCUUAAGGAGAAAUCUUAAUUGAUGGAGAACCUUUAUCAAAUAAAGAUUUUAAGUGGAUUUAAUAACAUGUAUCUUAUGUUUAAUAAGAUGGAAUCAUAUUUAAUGCUACUGUUUAUGAAAAUAUCAUCUAUGGUAAUCAUGGAUAUGAUUAAAGUAUGGAAAGAGUCAUCUAGGCUGCUAAAAUGGCUAGAGCUCAUAAUUUUAUUGAAAAUAUGUAAAAUCAAUAUUAAACCAAACUUAAAUCAGAUGGAACUACAUCCUUAUCUGGAGGAUAAAAAUAAAGAAUUGUUUUAGCUAGAGCUAUUCUUAAAAAUCCUAGAAUUCUCAUAUUAGAUGAAGCUACAUCCAAUAUUGAUAGUCUAUCAGAAACUGAUAUCAUUUAAGCAUUAAUGUAAAUUUGUUAAGACAAAACAGUUAUUAUUGUUUCACAUAAAAUUGAAAAUUAUAAACCAUUAAUAACAAGAGUCAUUAAUUUAGAGUAAUGA